CACGCGCGUGCGCGCGCUGCCCGGUUUACGCGAAAGGGGCGACGACGGUGCGCCAGUAAUAGCCUGAAGCUGGAAGGAGGGAGGGAGGGAGGGAGUGUUCUCCAUGGCGACGGCGCGUGCUUGCAGGGCCCCCCUCUGCUCCCCUGCCCCGCGGCAGACCCCUUCCCCGCCUCCGCCUCCUCCUGCUGCCCUCGUCGUCGCCGCCUCUGACCCGCUCUGGGCCACCAGCAUGUGAGGAAACAGCCGCCUUCUGAGGGUUUCAAUUUGGCAUCACCUUGCCUCCUGUACCGGCAACAGCUCUGUUCCUUGAUCAACUUGACUGUUUGGAAUGCUUCAGCAACUGACGAAAUGAUUGAGAGUAGUGGGAAAUAUAAUUUCUACAUUGGUCUGGUAUUGGCAAUGAGCUCCAGCCUUUUCAUUGGUGGGAGUUUUAUCCUGAAGAAGAAAGGUCUCCUUCGGUUGGCCAGGAAAGGCUCCAUGAGAGCAGGACAAGGAGGCCAUGCAUACCUUAAAGAGUGGCUGUGGUGGGCUGGACUCUUGUCAAUGGGAGCUGGUGAAGUUGCUAAUUUUGCUGCCUAUGCAUUUGCACCGGCUACAUUGGUGACUCCAUUAGGAGCUCUCAGUGUUCUUGUAAGUGCCAUUCUAUCAUCAUACUUUUUAAAUGAAAAGCUUAACCUACAUGGAAAAAUUGGGUGUUUACUAAGUAUACUGGGCUCCACUGUGAUGGUCAUCCAUGCACCCAAAGAAGAGGAAGUAGAAACCUUGAAUGAAAUAUCCCACAAACUAGGGGAUCCAGGUUUUGUCGUCUUUGCAACACUCAUUGUCAUUGUGUCCUUAAUAAUGAUCUUUGUGGUGGGACCACGGCACGGGCAAACAAACAUUCUUGUGUACAUAACAAUUUGUUCAGUCAUUGGAGCUUUGUCAGUUUCCUGUGUAAAAGGCUUGGGCAUUGCUAUAAAGGAACUUUUUGCUGGAAAACCAGUUCUGAAACACCCAUUGGCCUGGAUUCUGCUGUUAAGCCUUAUUGUUUGUGUUAGCACACAGAUCAACUAUUUAAAUAAGUCCCUGGAUAUAUUCAACACCUCUAUCGUGACACCAAUAUAUUAUGUAUUCUUCACAACGUCUGUUUUAACUUGUUCUGCAAUCCUCUUCAAGGAGUGGCAAAACAUGGCAGCUGAUGACGUUAUUGGCACAUUUAGUGGCUUUCUCACAAUCAUAGUGGGGAUAUUCUUAUUGCAUGCCUUUAAGGAUGUCAGCUUCAGCCUAACAAAUUUGCCGGUGUCUUUACAUAAAGAGGACAAAGGAAUAAAUGGCACUCUGCCAAAUCCGUAUGAACGCUUUAAUAAUGAUGAAGAAAGUGCAUCCCGUGUAGGCGAUCUACCAGUCACAGAGGGAAUGUCUUCUAGGAGAAAUGGAAACUUGGCAGCAUCUUAAAAAUACAUCUAACAAAAUUCUAUAACUGUGUUUUGUUGUGAAAUGUCAGUUUUAAGCGCUUCUCAGAACCAGAUGCAUACAUAUAGACAAUCGUUGGUUUUUAGCUUGGACCAAGAUCAUUGAUGGAUUUUUAUUUGCCUUACUUUUCAUUUUAAAAAAAAUACUAAAAGGACCUCAAAACAUGUUUUUGAUUUAAGUUAUGUGUGAACAUGUAAAUAUUACAAUUUGGUUAAAGACUUAUUGCACUAAUGACAAUUUUAAUGAAUAAAAUGCUUUAUUUCUGCA